AUGGUCGAGCAGCUACCUCCAGGCAUUACAGCCACACAAAAACCCAAGGGCCCCGUUGCAGAUGGCGGCCUGGAUGAGAAAUGCCGGUUUCAGGGAGGUAGAGUCACGACUCCUGACAUUACCUAUGUGCGGAUGGUCAAGAGAUGGAGUGGGAAUGCGCUGACCCAUACGCUCUCAGGGGAUCGCGACAAGGCCAUCGGGGAAGACAACGUUGAGAACAUACAGGAACUUCUGCACUCGCUUGCUCUGUAUCCUAUGACUCGAUUGAACGGGUUUGUGACACCUGACGAGGAGCUGAAGUCGAUGAUGCUAACAUGA